AUGGAUAGCAACCAACGAGAAACUGAAAUAGAGCAAUGCUUAGAUGAUAUCCGUGAAGAACACUCCCACUAUACUCCAAUAUCUACAGAUGACUUAAGUGCAAGACCUUCAAGCAGUAAUGUUAUUGUAACAGAACCGGAUCGUCGCUCAAGAUCAAGCAGAACUAUGAAUACAGUAAGACAAACAAGGGAGUUGAAAAUUGAAACAGAGAUACACAAUGUUCCUGAAUUUACCAAUUCAAUUCAACCACAAUCAACAUAUAGUCAUAAAACGCGGCCUAUCGAUGUUUUUCAAAACUUUUUCCCAGAAUAUUUAGUACAAGUUCUAGUGGAACAAACAAAUAGAUAUGCGGUUCAGAAUAAAAGCAAUAAUUUUACACCAGUAUUAUCAAAGGAAAUGAAAGCUUACCUUGGAAUAUUAAUAAUGAUGGGGUUAAACCCAUUGCCUGAUAUGGAGCUAUAUUGGUCUAAUGACCCUUUUUACAAUAAUGCAGAAAUUUCAAAAAUUAUGCCUAUCAAAAGAUAUAAAAAAAUAACUGAAAAUUUACACAUAAAUGACAAUGAAAAAGAACCAAAUAGGAACUCACCGGAAUACGAUAAAAUGUACAAGUUGAGACCAAUGAUUCAAGAGCUUAAUAAAUUGUUCCAGCAGGAAACAGGUAAUUCAAGUAAACAAUCAAUAGAUGAAUGCAUGGUGAAGUUUAAAGGAAGAUCAUCUUUAAAGCAGUAUAUGCCAAAGAAGCCAAUCAAGCGUGGCUUCAAAAUCUGGGCACGUUGUGAUUCUGUAACCGGCUAUCUGUACCAGUUCGAAAUUUAUACCGGGAAAGGAGACAGUAUGGAAGACGAGGGACUGGGGUACAAUGUGGUUAAAAAGCUGUCAGUCGGCCUUCCUGAGAACACUCUGAUAGCGUUUGAUAACUUUUUCACUAGCUGUAACCUAAUGGAAUAUUUGUACGAAAAUCAAAUUUUUGCUGUUGGUACAGUUAGAGUAAAUAGAAAAGAUCUUCCGGAAAUUUUUAAAAAGUCUCAACCAAAACAUUUAAGACUUGAAAGGAACCAAUUUGCAGCUGUAACUGCUAAACCAAUUACAGCAAUCAAGUGGCUUGAUACAAGGGAUGUUAAUAUUCUUACAACAGCUCACCAUCCAACUGACACAGUAUUUGUAAAGAGAACUCAGAAAGAUGGUACUAAAAAUAAAGUUCUCAUCCCCACAUCUAUCGCUCAGUAUACGCUCACCAUGGGAGGCGUCGAUCACUUUGAUCAUUUCAGAUCAUCAUAUCCGAUCAAUAGAAAAUGCAGGAAAUUUUGGAUGAGAUUGUUUUUCUUUAUGUUUGAUGCGGCAAUCAUAAACAGCUAUAUAACCUACAAUACUGUGCAUGUAGCAAGUACUCAUUCUCAUAGAAAUUUUCGAUUGCGAUUGGCUCGUGAGCUGAUAUCAAAUUACUCUAACAAGGUAAAACGCCAGGUUGUUUUCAAAAACAAAAUGGGCUCCAACUUUGGAGUUCCAGAUGCGAUACGUUUACUCAAUGUCGGCGUCCAUCUUCCAGAUGAAGGAAAUACUUACAAAAGAUGCCGAUUUUGUAGCACAAAAAAAGAGGAGAGAAGAACAAAAAUAGUAUGUUCCACGUGCCAAGUUGCACUAUGUGCAAAGAAAUGUUUUAAAUUAUUCCACGAGGCUUCACCCCAAGAAUAA